UCCAUCGAUCGUCUGUCUUGAUCAUCUAUCGAUCGUCUAUCUUGAUCAUCUAUUGAUCAUCUAUUGAAUUAGUUCAGAUAUCUUACGGUGAUCUGGUUCUUAUUGCUGCUUUAGUGAUGCAACUGAUCCUCUGAACUGUUGGUUGUGUUGUCUAACAGAAAUAUGUGAUAUAUUUACUGUAUUAACAUUAAUAUUAACAUGCUAAAUGAACUACUUGUCUGAACACAAAGCCACAGACAGCAUCUUCUCCUUUUGUUUUAUUUGAUCCUGCACAUCUUGUGCUGCAGUCAUGAAGGCGAGCUAACUGACUGGAUUCUGAAUAUUAGCCGACAUAAACAGAAACUAAGCAUCACUAGUUCAACAUUAAGCGUGCUGAACCUCCACAUAUGUACCGAGGCGUUUAUACUUAUUACAGUGAACUUAAUCGUUCUUUAAGCCUUUUUUCAGGAAGAAGAAACUACUGAACUCUUUAGAUUUAAUCUUAGUUUCACAGAUCUGUAGAUUAAAUCAACGUAAUCAAACGUCUUUUUAAACAUUAGACCUUUAAUGUAUUAUUAAGUAUUUACAUCAGGACUCUGUGUCAGUAAAUGUUGAUCUUGUGUCUGUUAGGGAGAGACGAGACGAUGCAGCCGGCCAACAAGCCGUCCUUCCUCGAGUACUUUGAGCAGAAAGAGAAGGAGGCCAACAGUCACAAGGAGGGAGGAGACAGAGGAGACAACAACGCAGACAACCGCAGACUGCCCACCGAAGGAGACCUGGAGGUGGUGAACUCGUGGUCGGUGGAGGAGCUGCGACUGCGUCUGGCCUCUCUGGACCCUCAGAUGGAGCAGGAGAUCGAGGAGAUCCGGCAGCGCUACCAGACCAAGAGGCAGCCCAUCCUGGACGCCAUCGAGGCCAAAAAACGCCGGCAGCAGAACAUCUGAUGUUUCUUCUGCGAGACGUUUUAGAGAACGUGAGAAGAACUUCUGAAGGUCAGACCGCUGAAGAACUUCCUCAGAACCGUUUGAUUCUAAAUCCAUCAGCAGCUCAUCUGGACUCAAGCUUCUUUCUCUUUGUUACACUUUCUGUUUAAAACACAGCGAUGGUUCAUCAAAUCCAACUGGUUUCUCUUAAUCUCGUGGUACGAUAUCUUUCUACCUGCUGACGGUCUUUACUGAGGUGUUUCCUCUCAUCUCUGGACUCAGUGUUUCAUCUCUGGACUCAGAUCCACAGCCUCUUUUGCCCGAAUGAUAAAAACGAAGAAACCAAACUGGUGUUUUCUAUCACGAUGAACGGCUAGAAGGAGAUGAUUCUCUCUCAACUUUAAACUUGAUUAUGAAAACUAAAUGUCUUUAUUCGGUACAUGUUUCUAUGGUUUUUCAUAAAUCAUGUUUUUAUUUUCUGCUCAACAAAAUAACUGUUGGACCAGAUUUCCUGACAGUGUUUAACCUGCAGUGUUCUUCAUUUUAUUUCUUUAUUUCAGAGUCCAGCGUCUAUUUUUACUCUUUAGUAAACUAAAAAACAAAAGAACUGAGUUGUCAGAUUUAUGGCAUCAAUUCAACAAAGUGGAUUUAUUAGUUUGAAUGAGAUUACUCUCCAAAAAAAGAGUCAGGAUGCUGCAGUCUGAAGCUGCUGCAGUUGAAGCUGCUGCAGUUGAAGCUGCUGCAGUUG